UUCCACAAACUCAUCAACUCUCUCUUGUAAAUUAACGAGUGGUUUAGGGUCCUGCCAUUAUAUCAAUCGAGAGAUAUGGCUUUAUCUGGAAAGUUAAUUGGUCAUGUAGAUGUCAGCAAGAAAGGAGAAAUCUGCCAUCUCUUUAGGAACAACCCGUACGAGAUAGCUAUCAUAUCACCUGAUAAGGUUCAAGGCUGUGAUCUGAUUGAUGGUGAUAGGGGGGACGUUGGUUCUGUUAUCUGUUGGCACUACACUCAUGAGGGAAAGAAGAAAAUUUCGAAGCAAAUAAUCGAAGCAGUUGACGAAGAUAACCACAUGAUUGUGUUUAAGGUAAUCGGAGGAGAUCUUGUGGAUGAGCUAUACAAGACCUUUACAAUCAUACUAAAUGUUGACAAAAAAGGUGAUAAAGUGGUGGCUACUUGGACAUUUGAGUUUGAGAAGCCUGACACAAGUGUACCAUAUCCAACUUCCCUGAUGGAUUACCUUUGUGAUUUGGUCAAGGACUUGGAUACCCAUAGCACCACUAAGUAGUUCGGCAACUGGUACUCAAAGAAGGAAAUGGCAGGAAGUACUCUCUCAGUGUGAAUGUGUGUUUUUCUCCUAUUGAAAGAAUAAACUACGUCUCUAGUGAAUAAAUAGAAUGUAAGGUGGUGGUGUAGUAUAUAUGCAUGGAUAUGUUGUUCAAAAUAUCAUUAUUUUUCUUUCCCAA